ACGGGGCAAUGUUUCUCCAAGUGGACCUUUUCAACAUCCUGUGGUUCUUUGUGCUAUUGAAGCUGCUGCAGACCGCACUUCUCUCCCUGCCUGUGCCAACUUUCGAUAACUCUCAAGAGAUUUAUCCGUUGGUUAUCGUGUCAAGCAGCGAGUACAUCAACGGAGUGCUUCAGAGGCUUAUACGAUGGGACGCGGUCUACUUCUCUUCGCUGUUCGUCAGUGGGCCUCGGUUUGAACAUGAGUGGGUAUUUGGACCGUUAUGGGUCUCGCUGGUUCGUUUCGUUUCCAAUUGGCUGUUGCCCUCGUCGAUAUCUCCAAUACUCGUUGGUAUCGUCAUAUCGAAUAUACUGCACUUGACAUCAGCACUGCUGUUGUUCCGUUUGACCACGGCAUUGUACGGUGUCAAGUUUGCCAUGAAGUCGACAGUGCUAUUCCUGUUCAGUGCACAGGGAAUCUUCAUGAUGGCGCCGUACUCCGAGAACCUGGCAACAGCGUUGUCGUUUCUGGCCUUGUUGCUCAUAAACUCCAAGAGCAGAUGGCUAUACCUGUUGAGCACAGUGCCGCUAAUCGGUGCCUUCUGGACACGAAGCAAUACACUGGUACUGGGGACGGUUUACCUUUACGACUUCAUCAUCAAGAGAAGCCCACUCGCACUGGUCUGUGGGCUCACGUUGGCGUUGGGCUCAUUGGCCUCACUAUACGCUCCCUAUGUCGAGUACUGUCCGGGGAGACCAUGGUGUGACUCCAUGUUACCAUCGCUCUACCACUUUGCUCAGGGGGAAUACUGGAACGUUGGACUGUUCAAGUACUGGACUUUGAACAACUUGCCGAAUUUCCUACUCGGGGCACCUGUUAUCGUACUACAAGUGCUUGCCAUCAAGAGAUACUACAAGGAACACACUUCACUUGCCAUAACGAACGCUCUGUUCUUGCUAAUGAUUACAACUCUGGCACAUGUCCAAAUCAUCAUCAGAGUAUCUGGGUUUCUACCGUUGACUCAGUGGUACCUAGCAGAAGAGUUAGGUCAUAAAAGGGGACAAGGCUGGAUAUUGUACAACUGUUCAUGGUUGGUGAUAGGAACGCUGCUGUACAGUGCCUUCCUACCACCAGCUUAAGACAGGUGUGUGUAUAUGAAAUAGCUCUACAGGUUAGACAAUUGUACAUUACCGAUUUCCUUUUACUAAACCAUAAAAAACCAAAAAGAAUCAUUAAAAGAAAAAGAAACAUUCCAACCCUCCAAUUACAUUCAUAACAAUGUCAGAAAAAUAAUAAAAUAAUAAAUCCCCAUG